UCAGGUUUUUCAUCCAUCUGGGAACGAUUGGCUGAGUGAAGUCACGUUGUUGUCGUAACUCUCAGCCUUAUCCUGCACCAUUGUUUCCAAUAGCAGCCGGAAGAACUACAAGCGCAAGUGUGUCGCUGCAUCUGCAGGUUUGCAGUCCUGCCCCUUAUCUGGACGCAGCGUACUCAGGCAAAACCUGAGGUAACUGUUUAUUGAAAUUAAAAUAAAUAAAACACAUACGAAAAGAAAAGUCUUAGACAAAGCUGUAAUAAAUAAAUACAGCUUGAAGAAACCAGAGUUUGAAGAAGUUACAUUGCACCAUUUUUUGCGGUAAUUUGCUUAAUACUUUAAAUGGAAGCGAGGUGAUUGCCAGCAAUGUGCUCUGACAUCUCUUAUCGAUUUGUGUGUGCAUAUCCCCUGCAACUGGGUAUAGUGGAAGCAUCUGUAUGUGUACAGAAAGACAGUUCUGUUGGGUGUCUGCUCUCUUACAAAUGAACCUCCACUAAUUGAAUUUGAUCUGUCCAAGUUGUUUUUCCCCCCCAAGAAGGGGACAGAAGUGGGGAUAUACCAGUCUGAACAGGUGUGCUUGAUAGAGAGCUGAAGCCAUGAGUGGAAUUUUAAAAAGGAAGUUUGAAGAAGUGGAUGGCUCCUCGCCGUGCUCCUCCGUACGUGAGUCUGACGAUGAGGUUUUGAGCAGCGAGAGCGCGGACAGCAGUGACAGCGUUAACCCUUCCACCUCCAGCCAUUUCACACCAUCCUCAAUACUCAAAAGGGAGAAACGUAUGAGAACGAGAAAUGUUCACUUUGAAAACGUGACUGUGUAUUACUUUACGCGACGACAAGGUUUUACCAGUGUCCCCAGCCAAGGAGGGAGCACCCUGGGCAUGUCCAACCGACACAAUUGCGUCCGACAGUACACGCUGGGAGAGUUCGCUUUGGAACAGAAAAGAAUUCACCGUGAGAUGCUGAGAGACCACUUAAAACAAGAGAAACUCAACUCAAUAAAGCUAAAGCUUACUAAAAAUGGUACCGUGGAGUCUGAAGAAGCCAAUACACUCACAGUGGAUGAUAUUUCAGACGAUGACAUUGAUCUAGACAAUACUGAGGUUGACGAGUAUUUCUUUUUACAACCCCUGACAACCAAAAAAAGGAGGGCUUUACUGAGGGCAUCCGGGGUUAAAAAGAUAGACGUGGAAGAAAAACACGAGCUUCGUGCAAUCCGUGUGUCAAGAGAGGACUGUGGCUGUGACUGCAGAAUCUUCUGUGAUCCUGAGACCUGUGCUUGCAGCAUGGCUGGAAUUAAAUGUCAGGUGGACCGUAUGACAUUCCCUUGUGGAUGCACAAAGGAAGGCUGCAGCAACACAGCAGGCAGAAUUGAAUUCAAUCCCAUCAGGGUACGGACUCACUUCCUGCACACUAUCAUGAAGCUUGAACUGGAGAAGAACAGGGAGCAGCAGCAGGCAUCUACUGUAAAUGGUUACCAUGGUGAAGUGAAUGUUCACAGUAAUCCCCUGGUCCAGGCCCAGCAUAAUCUAGAAUAUUCCCUCGCAGACACUGUUCCGCAGACUGCAAUAAUGCAACUUCAAGCAGCUGAGGAGAUAGAUGAACAAGGAGAAGAGGAGGAGGAGGAGGAGGAUGAAGAUGAGGAGGAUGAUGAGGAUGAAGAUGAUGAUGGGAGUAGUUUAUGUAGUGGUAUAACAGAUUCUAGCACUCGAAGCUUGGCAGUUAGCGAUUCGGAUAAUGGUGAUGAUGAUGAUGAUGACGAUGUUGAUGAUGAUAAUGAUGAAGACAAAUUGGAUGAUUUUGGGGAAGGAAUCACCAAACCUGCUGUGUCGCACACAGAAGUGGUACCUCUUUCUUCUGUAUUGUGUUACUCUGAUGGUACAAUGGUCCAUGAAAAUCACAAUGAAACAAAUUCUUACUACACUAACUCUUCAGCAGAGUAUUAUCAAAUUGAAAAUCCUAAUACUGCUGCAGCAGCAGUUAAUUCCGUGACAAACCAAGCCAAUGAGGCCUACAAUGAAGCUUCAUCCUACUCCGAGAGGGUUACCAAUAACAAAGGGACAACGUCACUGGUGCCCUACAAUGUGACGUCCGAGCAGUACCCGGACUAUACUAGUCAGCCCGAAGAAAGCUAUGGCAAUCGUCAGUAUCCAGCUGCAAGUGCAGUACCCUCGGUUAUUGUUUGUUGUUCUGCAGAUCAGGACAAUAGUGUUCAGUGCAAUGGUAUAUAUGACGAACAGACACCAGGUCGCUCCCAGAUGGAGUUUCACAACUACCUAAACAAUAAUUCCCAAGAUUGCUAUGUUGCUAACGGUAGUUGUUUUCCAGCUGAGCAGCCGAAGGAGAUUUUAGCAGGACUCUGUGAAGGAGCUGCACUGCCAGAAAACAACAACAAUAUCAAGAAACCUGCAGAGCCGGAUAGUGUGCCAGAAGCCACACCAGUUUAGUGUUUCAGAUCGCUCUCCCUUUUUUUUUAUUGUUCUUCUUCUUACUCUUAUUAUUAUCAAGCCAUUGCCCAAAUAAUUUUCCAAUUUUUAUUUUUGGGGUCAAAAGUAUUGGCUAAUGCAUCAGAUACAGUAGUUUUUUUUUUUUCUUUCUACCUACGUGAAUUGAUUACACACGUGUUUUUCUUUUCCCCUCAGACCUUGCCUGUUUCAAUAUACAGGUUCUAAAUAAUUUGACUUUAAAAAAAAAAAAACACUCCCUGUGAAAUAUUGUUGUUUUAAAAUUCAAGUGAAGCAAGAUGAAGACUUCAAAAUUGUAAGCUUUUCUCGUAGGCCUGUGCUAUGUAAGUAUCUUGUAAUUUCAAAGUAACCUUUUAAAGGUUCGUUUUCAAGAGAUCUUGUGGAUAAAACUUUUUAUAUGUUCAUGUGGCAAUUGUGAAAAAAAAGUUUACUGUUCAAUAUGUAAUUUAUUUAUGGGGUUAUGAAGCAUAUGUUAAAUAUAAAUGUUUUGAUAAUGGAUAGCAUGUUAUUUUUGAGCUAAUGCCUUUGAAAAUCCAUAAUAUACUGAAGGACACAAAAUGUUGACUAAUCCUACUUUCAAUGUACUGUAUGUUUAUAUAU